ACACACACAUAAAACACAGACUAUGUGUCUGUCCCCCUCUCCCUCUCUCGUUACCAAACACCGGUGACCGGAGCCGGAGGUGAUGACCGAGCUCCGGCGCCUCUCAUCUUCUCCGACGAUACACACGAACCCCCUCCCCUCGUUCCUCUUUCCGGUGGUGGUUAGCGUCACACAACCCCCUCUCGAUUAUCAAACAGACAACAACUUCACAGCCCCUCCCCCCCUUUUUCGAUUUACAUAACGGAGCACCACCACCACCGUACGGUGGUGGUGCGGCGACUACAAACAAAGAGGAGAGAGAGAGACAGCGGAGAGAGAGAACCGGUGGCGCGUGGCGGCACAUGGCGGCGUGGUUUCAUGGUGGAGAUAGAGAGACGGAGAGGAGAGUUAGAGAGAAAGAAAGACUGUUCAAGAGAGAGAGAUCGGAGACUCCGGUUUUGUUUCCGGUCAUGGUUCCAGCUUUUAGGAUUCAAGAUGUGGUUUUGACUAUUCUGGCUCAGUCAACAUUAGUCAACAGCGGCGGUUCGGGUUUUUGGUUCGCGUCAACUCGGUUAAACCGAGUUAACUCGGUCGGGUUCUGGGUCAAACACAGUCAACGGAACUCGGUUCGGGUUCUUCGGGGCCAAUGGUUCAACUCAGCUUUCGGGUCAACUCAACUCGGUCAACCCGAGUUGACUCGGUCAACUCAGCCGGUCAACUCAGUUGACCUGGUCAACUCAGUUGACCUGGUCAACUUAGUCAACUGAGUUAGCGUUUCGACAUGAGGAUUUGGUAAACGGCACGUUUUAUUACGUUAUGUUUUUUAUAUAAUUUUAAUAUUACGUGAUAACGAGCUCGAACCGACAUGAUUAUAGUUUACCUAUUAUGAGAUAUUUGGCAAAUCUGAUA